GAAGAACGGUGUAUUUAAUUGGCCGGAGUUUAGGGCGCGCCUGGCUCGCGUGGGUCAGCUGAUCGAGCACUGAGGGGGCGAUUUGGGGCUCCCAUUCCUCCUCGGGGCGCCUCCGCGGCCCAGGAACAACUGGGUCCCGGUGUUGGCAGGCCUGGGGUCGGCGACGGCUGCUCUUUCCGUUCUGUCGCCUGCCGGAUGGAAGAGCCUCCCGGGAAGCCCCUCAGCUGUGAGGAGAAGGAAAAGUUAAAGGAGAAAUUAGCAUUCUUGAAAAGAGAAUACAGCAAGACACUAGCCCGCCUUCAGCGUGCCCAAAGGGCUGAAAAAAUAAGGCAUUCUAUUAAGAAAACGGUAGAAGAGCAAGAUUGCUUGUCCCAGCAGGAACUCUCACCACACCUAAACCAUUCAGAACCUAAAAAUAAAAUACCUCUUUAUAACAAGUUACACAUCAAAACCCAUCUUGAUGGAGAAACUGCAGAAAAGACAUCUAUCACACUUGAUGUUGGGCCUGAGUCUUCUAACCCUGGAGAUGGCCCAGGAGAAUUACCUAUACAAAGAACAGAUGACACCCAAGAACAUUUCCCACACAGGGUCAGUGACCCUGAUAGUGAGAAAAAACAGAAACUGCCAAGGAGAAGUAAGAAGCAGCAGAAGAGAACAUUUAUUUCACAGGAGAGAGACUGUGUCUUUGACGCUGAUUCACUCAGACUGUCUGGGAAAAGCCUAAAGGAACAGGAAGAAAUCAGCAGCAAAAAUCCUACUAGAUCACCAGUAACUGAAAUAAGAACUCACUUUUUAAGUCUUCAGUCUGAACUUCUGGAUUCUCCAGAACCAAUUACAGAAACUAAUGGAAAGAGUUUAUUAAUUCCACCAACUGCCCAACCAGAAAAAGGUGUUGAUACACUCCUAAGAACUAAUUUGACCAAGACGACUACAGUUCCUUUACAGACUCCAUCAGAUAGUAGGAGUCAGCACUUUGAAAGUAUUCCUCCUAAAGGUAGCAGUGAACUUACUACUUGUGGCCAAAAAAGCAUUAGAUUUACUUCACCGGUAAGUUUGGAGGCACAUGGCAAAAAAGUAACUGUCUCUACAGAGAACCUGGUUGUAAAUAAAGGUGUAAGUGGCCAUCUGCCCACAAGUUCUAAUUUAGAGGCAGAUAUUUCAUGUUCUACAAAUGAACUCACUCACAAUAACUUAUCAGCAAAUGAAAACCAAAACUUAAAAGAACAAAAUCAAACAGAGAAAUCUUUAAAAUCUUCCAGCAAUGCUCUUGAUGGCAGAAAUGAAAAUCUUCAGGAAAAUGAUAUUCUAAGUCAACCUAAGAGUCUUAGCCUAGAAGCAACUUCUCCUCUUUCUGCAGAAAAUCAUUCUUGCACAAUGCUUGAAGGUCUUCUGUUUCCUGCAGAAUAUUAUGUUAGAACAACACGAAGCAUGUCCAAUUGCCAGAGGAAAGUAGCCGUGGAGGCUGUCAUUCAGAGUCAUUUGGAUGUCAAAAAGAAAGGGUUUAAAACUAAAAAUAAGGAUGCAAGUAAAAAUUUAAACCUUUCCAAUGAGGAAACUGACCAAAGUGAAAUUAGGAUGUCUGACACAUGCACAGGAGAACCGAGUUCAAGAAACUCUCAGAAAUUUUUCUCGUUAACUAAAGUCAACUCUCCCACUGCGCCUACUGAAGACAAUGACCUGUCUAGGAAGGCAGUUGCCCAGGCAUCUGGUAGAAGAAACAGAGGAAAAAGAAAAUCAGCCUGCACCCCAGCAUCAGAUCAUUGUGAACCACUUUUGCCAACUUCCAGCACGUCAGUUAUUAAUAGGGCCAAAGAUGAAGUCACCUCGCACAAAUAUCAGAAGAAAAAGGCAGUUAUUCGAGAGAACGGGAAGAAAAGUCGUCAUCAAAAAGAGGACUCCCUUUCUUGGAGUAAUAGUGCUUAUUUAUCCUUGGAUGAUGAUGCUUUCACAGCUCCAUUCCAUAAGAAUAGAAUGCUGAAUUUAAAGCAGCUAUCGUCUUUUCUCAAUAUGACAGACUUUCAGUUGCCUGAUGAAGACUUUGGGCCUCUUAAGCUUGAAAAACUGAAAUCCUGCUCAGAAAAACUAAUGGAGCCCUUUGAAUCAGAAGUGUAUGGAGAGAGGCAUCUUAAAGGGAGAAAUUGUAUUUUCCCAGAGGAACUGAGUCCUAAAUACAUGGAUGCAGAAAUGGAAGACUUAGAAGAGGACAUUGUUGUUCUACCAGGAAAAUCGCAUCCCAAGAUGCCAAACCCACAAAGCCAGUGUACAAAGAAGGGCCUUUCUUCAUCCAUAUUACUUUAUACUCCUUUAAAUACGGUUGUGCCUGAUGAUAAUGAUAGACCUACUGCAGACAUGUGUUCACCUCCUUUCCCCAUCUUAGGUACUACUCCAGCCUUUGGCUCUCAAGGCUCCUAUGAAAAAGCAUGCACAGAGGUCACUGGACGAACUUGCUGUAUACCCCGACUUGCUCAUUUGAAAGACUCAGUCUGUCUUGCCAGUGAUGGUAAACAGUGCGACAGUUCAAGCAGCCCAGCAAAACCACAUACCACCCUGCAAGUGUCAGGCAGGCAAGGACAACCUACCUGUGACUGUGAGUCUGUCUUGCAAGGAACACCCCCACCCACUGAGUCAUUCACUUUUAAAGAAAAUCAGCUCUAUGGAAACACAUGCCAGGAGUUGCAUAAACGGUCUGUCCAACAGAAUGAAGUAGCAGUGCUUCCUGCUUCUGGUAGCAUAAACCCAGGCAACCUAAAAUUGGUUUCAAAGUUAAAGAAUCUUUCAGGUUCCUGUUCCAUAGAUGUGAGUGCCAUGUUUUGGGAAAGAGCCGGUUGUAAAGAGCCAUGUAUCAUAACUGCUUGUGAAGAUGUAGUUUCUCUUUGGAAAGCUUUGGGUGCUUGGCAGUGGGAAAAACUUUAUACCUGGCACUUCACAGAGGUUCCAGUAUUACAGAUAGUUUCAGUGCCUGAUGUGUAUAAUCUGGUAUGUGUGGCUUUGGGAAAUUUGGAAAUCAGGGAGAUCAGGGCAUUGCUUUGUUCCUCUGAUGAUGAAAGUGAAAAGCAAGUAUUACUGAAGUCUGGAAAUAUAAAAGCUGUGCUUGGCCUGACAAAGAGGAGGCUAGUUAGUAGCAGUGGGACCCUUUCUGAUCAACAAGUUGAAGUUAUGACAUUUGCAGAAGAUGGAGGAAGCAAAGAAAACCAAUUUUUGAUGCCCCCUGCGGAGACUAUUCUAACUUUUGCUGAGGUCCAAGGGAUGCAAGAAGCUCUGCUUGGUACUACUGUUAUGAACAACAUUGUUAUUUGGGGGAAAACUCUGCAAGUGCCGUGGCAAGGGUCUGAAGCCUCAGCCUGUUCUCAUAUAACAAAAAACAACUUUCUAAAGGAGCCAGGGAAUAAGAAAAAGAAGAAACAUACUGGAGGGGUUUCUCCCUUUAGGUGAAAGGAAUGGCACUAGGCAACGUUCCUAUUAUGGCUUGAAGUUAGAGGCCAAGAACCACUCUGCCCACUGGGUGACAGAAAGCCUAACAGAAGAUCUUCUGUCCCAUUGGCUUAGAGAACCAAAGGACAGAUUGGAGAGCAAAACAAAAGAACCCUAAAUUCUGGCUAUAAUGUUUGCCUAAAUAUCUGGUUGACUGUUUAAACUGCAUGUGCUUAGGUCAGACUCCAGGCAGCUGAGGUAAGACUGAAAGAACUGAACUUCGAUUUUAGCAUUUGGAGUUCGAGUUCAGCCAAGUUAAUUGUUUACUAGGACAGAUAAUAAAACAACAACAAAAAUCAAGGCCAGGUGCAGUGGCUCACACCUGUAAUACUAGCACUAUGGAAAGGGGAGGCAGGCAGAUCACCUGAGGCCAGGAGUUCGAGACCAACCUGGCCAACAUGGCCAAACCUUAUCUCUACUAGAAAUAGAAAAAUUAGGCCGGGUGCAGUGGCUCAAGCCUGUAAUCCCAGCACUUUGGGAGGCCAAGGCGGGUGGAUUAUGAGGUCAGGAGAUCGAGACCAUCCUGGUCAACAUGGUGAAACCCCGUCUCUACUAAAAAUACAAAAAAAAUUAGCUGGGCGUUGUGGCGCGUGCCUGUAAUCCCAGCUACUCAGGAGGCUGAGGCAGGAGAAUUGCCUGAACCCAGGAGGCGGAGGUAGCGGUGAGCCGAGAUUGCGCCAUUGCACUCCAGCCUGGAUAACGAGAGCGAAACUCCGUCUCAAAAAAAAAAAAAAAAAGAAAUACAAAAAUUAGCCAGGCAUGGUGCCUGUAAUCCCAGCUACUCAGGAGGCUGAGGCAUGAGAAUCACUUGAACCCAGGAGGCGGAGGUUGCAGUGAGUCAAGAUUGUGCCACCGCAUUCCAGCCUGGGUGACAGAGCAAGAUUCUGUCUCAAAAAUAAUAAAAGUCAAUAGGAUUGUAUUUUAAAAGUACUUACUACAUUUGUCUGGCACAUAGAAGGUAUUCAGUAAAUGUUAAAAUUCCUUUUAAAAAAUAUUUUUGACCAGGUAUGGUGGCUCAUACCUGUAAUCCCAGCACUUUGGGAGGCUGAGGUGGGUGGAUCACAAGGUCAAGAGAUCACGAUUAUCCCGGCCAACAUGGUAAAACCGUCUCUGCUAAAAAUACAAAAAUUAGCUGGGUGUGGUGGCUCGGGCCUGUAGUCCCAGCUACUCGGAGAGGCUGAAGCAGGAGAAUCACUUGAACCCAGAAGGCAGAGGUUACAGUGAGCCGAGAUCGUGCCACUGCACUCCAGCCCAGCGACAGAGCAAGACUCCAUCUCAAUAUAUAUAUA